AUGGCUUCCAUGGGAGCUUCUUUCCGCGCUGCAAGGGGGGCCCCCAGGCAAGGAGCACUCAAAGCAGCAGCAGCAAGAGGUGCAGCAGGGGGCCCCCUGGACUUUUCACUUCGUAGAGAGAGCACCAGUGAAUCUGACAGCGAACGCUCUACGAGCGGCCUGUCGAGCUCUUCAGCUGAGGACUUCGACGAAUUUCUCUUUUGGGGUUCUGAAGGGCCUUUAGAAGGAAUGCCAAAAAAGAGGAGAAAAAGGAAAAGAAAUCCGUUUACUGGGCAGCGCCAAAAGAAGCGCCGUAAGAGGAAAACUGCAGACACUCCAUCAAACCUCACCCCAGAGCUGCGGGACCUGCUGCGGCAAGCAACAGACCUUUAUUUGUCUGCUGAAUUUGCUGCUGCUGCUGCUCUUCUGAAAGAAAUAAUUCGAAGGGCCCCUGGCCUCCACGACCCUUUUCAUCUUCUCGGUCUUGUCUUUGAAGAAGGCUACAAAGACAAAAGAAGGGCUCUUGACUGCUACAUCUUGGCCGCGCAGCUCGUGGGGAGCGACGCGCUGCUGUGGAGGCGCAGCGGGAACUUGGCUGUGGAGUUGGGGGACUUGGGAGCAGCAGCUUUUGCAUUAAAGAAUUGUUUAAAGUGUUUAAAAGAAAAAAAAGAAUUAAAAGAAUUAAAAGAAGCAAAAGAAUCAAAACAAAAAAAAGAAGCUUUUCCAGAAAUCCAGUCCGACUGCAGCAGCGCAGCAGCAGCAGCAGCAGCAGUAGAAGGCCCCAACAAGAAGCAAAAAGAAUUUUACAGAAUUGCGCAGGAAGUUGCCUUCCAGCUCGCUCUCGUCUACAGGGAAACCGUGCCCAAACCCUAA